AUGUCUGAUAGAGACGAUGCUAAACAAUUAACCAUACGGUACAAAAAGAAUGGGACCUUUGAUAAACAACGGAAGAAGUUAUUAGAGAAUUUCCGAGAGUCUGAAACUCAUGCCAACUUACUACUUAAGCUAAGAAUAAUGAUUGAAAAUAAAGUUAAACAAGAUCCGUCGAUAUUAAUGAAGAAUAAAGGUAAAGUUGGUGCUUUAAUCCAAGGAGAAAUCAUCAAUCAUCAUAUGAAAAACAAUAAUGAUUCUUUACUUAGUAUAGUUGAUAAAGAUAUCCAAGAUAAGACUGUGGAUUCCCCUGCUUUCCAUCGAGAACUAAAGGCUAGUCUUAAAGAUAUACAACGUCAAAUGUUGGGAAUAAGUGAUGAAGAUUACCAGAAACAAUUACAGGAGGAACAGAGGUUGGAGGAACAAGCUGCUACUUUAGAGGCUCAGAGACAAGCAGAGAAAGAACGUGAAGCAAAUGCAGAGAAACUCAACUUCAAAAUGAAAUCAGUUAUAAAUAAGUACAAGGUCAGCAAAGCCCCCAGAUUCAAUUUUGGUCCCAAUUCUAGUAGACACAUCAAAAAGACCAAUGAAAGUGAGAUAAAUCAUCCAGGACAAGGACAAGGACAAGGACAAGGACAAGGACAAGGGCCAGGACCAGGACCAGGACAAGCACCAGGGUCAGGAUCAAAUUCUAAUAAGGGUCCAGGAAAGUUUAUGAUGUAUUAA